AUGGUCUCCAAUUUACUUCAGCCAACCUAUACUCUCCCUCUGACAGCGGGACUCGCAGUCCUUCUUUUGGGCCAUCUAUCCACACGCAGCAGCCCACCCAAACUUAUCCCUUCGCCACUGAAGACGGUGUUGCCGAGCCUCACAGACUCGGAUAAGGCCGGAUUGCCAUAUCCACCCGAUGCCUUACCGGGAGCCCGAGACGUAAAUAGUCCGUACGGAACAUUCCGAUGUUAUGAAUGGGGCCCUACCAAUGGACGCUUUGUUCUCCUAGUCCACGGUAUCUCGACUCCUUCACUGGCUUUGUAUCCAUUGGCCCAGAGACUUGUCAACGAACAUGGUUGCCGUGUACUCCUCAUGGAUCUGUGGGGUCGUGGGUAUUCUGAUGCCCCGGGUGACCUUCCCUAUGACGCGCGACUAUACACCUCUCAGAUCCUUCUCGCCCUGACCUCUUCUCCGGUCUCUUGGACCGGUUCUGGAGGACCGGCCCACGGAUUUGACAUCAUGGGAUAUUCACUCGGCGGUGGUAUCGCAUCGAACUUUGCCGCAAAUUUUCCUCAUAUGAUUCGCAGCGUGACCUUACUGACACCCGCCGGCCUGAUCCGACCCGAACGACGCGGGUGGACAAUGAGACUCAUGUACUCGACACCAUUUUUCCCAGAAGCGCUGCUCAAAUGGUUCGUAAAGCGUAGCCUGGGAGGUGGUAAAGCUACAACCGGAACCAAUUACCAGGCGCAGAACUCCAAGUCUGGAAUUUCCUUCAAUAUCCUGAAUGCGCCAUCCGAAGAACUUCCCAAGGAAAACGCCUCAGAUGAUGGCCCAUUGAUUGAAGCAUACCCGCACGUCAGCGUCGCGGGAGCCGUGAAUUGGCAGCUCAUGACGCAUCCGGGGUUUGUCCCUUCGUUUAUAUCGUCGAUUCGCCAUGCACCCAAUGUUGCACAGCAGGAGAUGUGGCGUCAUAUUCCAACAGCCGGUCAGAAACCCAAGGUUUUGAUCUUGGCUGGUGAAACCGACCCGAUUAUUCUUGCCGAUGAUCUGCGAGAGGAUGCUAUUGCUGUGCUUGGGGAGGAGAAUGUGAGAUUUGAGGUGCUUAACUGUGGCCAUGAACUCCCGGUUACAUGUUCAGAGCAAGCUAGCGCUAUCAUUGGCAAGUUCUGGUCUUUAGAAUUAUAA